UUUCGCGUUCUUCUUCGAUUUUGUUCUCUAUCAAAAGCGUGUUGUUCAGAAUAAGGGAUGAUGAAGAUUGGAGAUUGAAGAUUGGAGAUUAGAGAUUGGAGAGUGAAGACUGAAGCCAGAUGGGUUUGAGUUCAGCAAAGUUGGGGUUUCUGAGCUUUUCAGCUUCUGGGUUUGAGUUUUCACGCGUUUCAGACAUAGUUGGUCUCCGGAAGCUGAUGGAGCGAGUCAUAUUCCACAAGUUUGAGAGCUGCUCUUGCUUAAUGUGAUAUCAAAUUUCUCAGCAUAUAUCAGCCUUACCUAAUAUCUGAUCGCCGAACAACUCAUGUACUUCCGGAGGCUAAGAAGCCGAGUUUCUGCUUAAUCAAAUUCAAGAGCAGAGCAGGGCAGGCAAGAGAUAUGCUGCUUCGUUUGUCUGCUACCCCUCCUGCCACUACAACACCCAACACCAGUCUUUUCCUGCUCUUCUCCACCAAUCUUCCGAUUACUCAUUCUUCUUCUUCUUCUUUCUCGCCUUGUUCACUCAGGAACUCCUCUGGGCUGCACACCAGUUGUAGACCACUUAAGGCCAUGGCUGCCCAAGAGGCUCAAUCCUCAGCCUCAGCCUCAGGUGAUAGGCAGGCUCUGAUAUCCUUGUCAAACAAAAACAAUCUUGCCUUCUUAGGGAAUGGGCUUCAGAGCUUGGGAUAUAAAAUUGUUUCCACUGGAGGAACUGCAUCUGCUUUGGAAAGUGCCGGGGUGUCUGUCACUAAAGUUGAAGAACUUACUUGCUUCCCGGAGAUGCUCGAUGGUCGUGUUAAAACUUUACACCCCAACAUUCAUGGUGGUAUUCUUGCUAGAAGAGACCAAAAGCAUCACAUGGAAGCUCUUAGUAAUCACGGAAUUGGUAUAUUCGAUGUGGUUGUGGUGAAUCUAUAUCCCUUUUAUGAUAAAGUUACUUCAACUGGAGGAAUAGAAUUUGAGGAUGGAAUCGAAAAUAUAGAUAUUGGUGGUCCUGCCAUGAUUAGAGCUGCUGCAAAGAAUCACAAAGAUGUCCUGGUGGUUGUUGAUUCAGAAGACUAUCCUACACUUUUAGAAUAUCUUAAAGCGGACAAGUUUGAUCAACAAUUCCGAAGAAAGCUUGCGUGGAAGGCUUUCCAACAUGUUGCUUCUUAUGAUUCUGCUGUUUCAGAGUGGCUUUGGAGGCAGACUAGCGAAGAUAAAUUCCCCCCAAGCAUAACAGUUCCUCUUUCGCUCAAAAGUCCCCUUCGCUAUGGUGAAAAUCCUCAUCAAAAGGCUGCAUUUUAUGUUGACAAGAGUCUUUCUGAGGUUAAUGCUGGUGGCAUUGCAACUGCUAUACAACAUCAUGGGAAGGAGAUGUCAUAUAAUAACUAUUUAGAUGCUGAUGCGGCUUGGAAUUGUGUGUCAGAGUUCAGGGGUCCUACCUGUGUUGUUGUAAAGCAUACAAAUCCUUGCGGUGUAGCAUCACGUGAUGAUAUACUUGAAGCAUACAGGCUUGCUGUCAAAGCAGAUCCAGUGAGUGCAUUUGGUGGCAUUGUAGCUUUCAACAUAGAGGUUGAUGAGGCUCUUGCUAAAGAAAUCCGAGAGUUUAGAAGCCCAACAGAUGGUGAAACCCGGAUGUUUUAUGAGAUUGUGGUUGCACCCAAGUAUUCAAAGAAAGGUCUUGAGAUACUUCGUGGAAAAUCAAAGACUCUGAGGAUCCUUGAGGCAAGCAAAAAUGAGAAAGGAAAACUUUCGCUGAGACAGGUUGGUGGUGGGUGGUUAGCCCAGGACUCAGACGAUUUAACUCCUCAAGAUAUCCAAUUUACUGUUGUGUCUAAGAAGUCUCCACAAGAAAGUGAGCUCAGUGAUGCAGAGUUUGCAUGGUUGUGUGUUAAACAUGUCAAGAGCAAUGCAAUUGUACUAGCAAAGAAUAACUGUAUGUUGGGUAUGGGAAGUGGACAGCCGAAUCGUCUGGAGAGUUUAAGAAUAGCAUUGAAGAAAGCAGGAGAGGAGGUCAAGGGUGCAGCUUUGGCUAGUGAUGCUUUCUUUCCUUUCGCUUGGAAAGAUGCCGUGGAAGAAGCAUGUGAAAGUGGAGUUGGUGUUAUUGCAGAACCUGGUGGCAGUAUAAGAGACGGAGACGCUAUAGAUUGCUGCAACAAGUAUGGCGUUUCACUUGUUUUCACUAAUGUGAGGCACUUCAGGCAUUAAUAUCAGAUUCUAGUUUUGGUUCUUGCUCCUUUUACUUUCAUCCUAGCGCCUUUGCUUAGAGCUCAAAAUCUAGUUUUCGUUGGACCACAAGGUUUGUUUUCCUCUCAUUUUAAAUUCAUGUAAUCAUGUUUUUCUUGUACAAUCUGAAUAAUGCAUGUAUUUUGGAUACCAGAGAUUUUACCUCUGUUUUCAGUAAGCUGAAUGACUAAUGCCAUGAAUUGUAGGCUAUCUAUUUGUCUGAAGUUCUUAGUAAACACAACUAAAGAUCACAAUAAUCUUUGGUCCAGUUCUUGUUUCUUUCUUUAGUAGGAGAAAAACACAAAUGUAAAUAAAGUAAUAAACUGGUCCCUAAUUAGUGGGUGAAUACACGAAACAUGAGAACGUAUAUAAAGUAAAAAAGAAGGGUCAUAUUUCCAUUUGUGGAAAGAGUGAACAAAAAUUGUCACUACCAAAACCAUUAAACUCCAACCAAUUUGUCAUCGGUUUUAGUUAUAUGUGAAUGUUCGUCAGUUGUUUGCCAUGGAGUCUUAGUAACUGUUGCGGCAUGCACUCUAUUUUUGCCUAUACAUGUAAACAGAUGAGGAGAGUCCUAAUGAUUCUGUCUGAGGACUAUAGCACAUCCCCAUAUCCCGAAACC